AUGACUCGCCGUCGAAUUACUCAAGUUAUUUUCUUCUCUUGGGGUCUAACAGUUAGUUUUAAUGCGCUAAAAGUUAUCUAUUAUGUGUUUUAUUUCAAAACAAUGGAUGUCCUGUUUAUAUGGCUAAAUCUAAUUUGCUUCGAGUUCCUUCCAACUGUUGUAUUAAUACUCUGCUUUGUAUCAAUGAUAUUUCACGUACGCAGGCAUGAUCGGUCAGCACGCAUCGUAGAAAAACAGUUAGGUUUUAACCAUCAGGUGUCGUUUAAAACCCAUUACGAGAAGUCUGCAGUAAUAAUGAUGGGUCUUGUGAUAGGAGUGUUUCUUGUUUGCUAUGGUAUGUAUCUACGUUGUAGUUUUCUAAUACUAUCCUCAUCGCGAUGUAAUGAUGAAAACUACAAAAUUCUUUUCUUGGUUUUAAACUCGGCCAUUAACCCGCUGGCUUAUGCCUUUUUCAAAAGAGACAUAAAGAAAGAGUUUCAAAGACUUGUCGGCGCUGUGUUUUAA